CCCCCUAAAACCCUCGCCACCAUCUCGGAUCUCAAGAGCCUGGCCUCCUCCCACUCGGACUCCAUCAAGCGGCGUCUCGAUCUCUGCCACUCCGAGACCCUCAAGGAGUUCGAUUCCUCCCACACCCGAAUCGCCAAAAGGUUCAAGAUCCAGACACAAGCUUGCCUGCAGUUGUCAGAGGAAAUAGAAAAGGAAUAUAAGAAGAUGUCUGAUAGGAUCCAUGAGAAUACGGAAUUGAUAAAGGCUUCAUAUGCGGAAUUAAUUACAGAAGUACAUGCUACUGCAUCUCGUGUUUACAAGAUAUCCAUCCCUGAGCUUGCAAAAUCCAUGGAGAAGGCUAUUGAAGGUUUGCGCAGCCGUUACAAGAUUCCAGCAGCUGCAGUUUAAUCAACAGUCCAAUUUUAUCUACCUAAUGAUGUCACAGAUGUGGAGUUUACACCUGAAGAGGCUAACUAGCAGAUUUGGUACCACCAAUAACUGUGAAAUUUCUAAGUUUGUAUCCCAUGGACCCUCUAUCAGAGCACUCUAAUUUUCACUCUGAGAUACAUGGAUAUCUUUGAAUCUGCUCAUUCAUCUUAUCCUAAGAUGUGCAUUUCUGCUUCAUCUACUAGAUCCUUUUAGUAGAAUUCUCUAGCUUUAGGCUUAUAUAUUUUAUACAAGCUUUAGUGCAGAUUCUAACUUAAUGCAUGAAUAGUUUAAGCUUAAAACCUUUGACAACCAUCUUGAAAUUUUAUAGCAAGAGGCACUUCUUCAUUGUACUCAAAUUUGACAAAAAUAUGUUAUUGUGUUUGGCUUAUUUAGCAGAGGCUAGACAAGGCUAAGUAGUUAUUAAAAAGUCAAGUAUAUAAUUAGCUGAAGAGAUUCGCUAUUUUUUCAUGUAAUUUUUAAUGUAAUUGAUGGCAGCCAUUUUGCAAUAAUUAAAGACUAUGGAUAAUAGAAAGUCCAUAAAAGUUUCACUGUGUCUGCCACCAAUUAUAGAUCUCUAACUAUAGUUCAGUAAUUAAACUGAGAGACCAUCACUGGACCAAGUGAUUCCCUCACAAGAGGCAUACAUGAUCACUGGUUUUGUGUAAUGUAAUCUCAAAGGAACAAAUUUAGUGCAGGAUCAUCUUUAUUUAGUGGAUGAAAAUAUUUUUAAAAUUUCAUGGAUGUAUUUAAGGUGUGUGCGUGCACGUGCAUGCUGGCUAUGCUUAUAUAUGUAUAUACAGGCAUAUUACAUGCAUAUGUUUCAUGUUUUUGUGUCCACAAUAGUCUAAUUAUUAUGAUGCACAAAAGAUGGUGUACCAACAUGGGCAGUUGCAUUCCCACAAGGGAUUCCCAAAAGGGGUUCUGACAUUUAUAAAAAUAGAGUUACAACACAAGUAUAUGGUUCUCUCUGAAUGCAUGCAUGUGCAUAUAAUUUAGUUUCUAUUGUAAUUUGAAGAACAUUAAGUAUUUGUACACAUUGUACCCAAAAAAAAAAGGUAUUGGUAUACAUUACAUAGGAAACAUGAUGGUAAAAACCAAGACAGUAGUUACGUACCAUCUAGAAAUCAUUCAUAAUGGUACAUUCCAUAGGCACCUUACUUUUUCUUAUGUAGAUCUUUUAACUGGUCUCUUUUCAGUCAUGUGAUGUAGCAGUAAAAUUUAAAGAAUGGAGCAAAUUAUUGUGCUCUUUGGUUUGAAAAGUGUUGGGGUGAGCUUAGAUGUGAAGUAGCAUGUGGUGUCCCACACAGCUCUCCUAAUUUGUCUUAUGAAUACACAAGGAAACUACCUGUAAGCUUAGCUUAAAGUACUAGUUGGAAUAAUGAUCUGAACGAGUUAUUUAUUUUUCAGGACAUAAUAUCAGGACUACAGAAGGCCAUUUCGUUGAAGUUCUGCCAAUAAACUUCAAUGAUGGACUAUGAGGAAUUGAUGUACAUAAAUAUUAACAGAUUGCUUACAUAGAAAUAUUGCAGGACUACAUUUUCCUUUUUGCCCUGCUUACCAUGGCUACUAAAGAUUAGUGGUUAUACAUGUGUAACUACCAAUAUGGUGUUGUGUCUUGCAAUAAAAGUAACUCGUAAUCUCCAAUAUCUGAUUGCUGAUUUCUCAGUAGUUCUAAGAAAUUAUAGUUCAUCAUUGCCAGCAAACAAGG